UUCAUUUGGAUGACGAAAAUGAUUUUCCUGCCGGUUAGCGCCGGUAAUAAAAAUAGAGUUGGGCGGGCCAGGUAUUCGGAAUCGUUUGAGAAAAGGCUGAACUUGUCAAGGAGGGCCGGUGAGUCACGUAAGACUUUCCGCUCGGACUCUUGGAGCUGCAGUCGUAUCUUCCAAAAUCAGACUGGCCGAGGGAUAGUUGACGAGGUGUAUGUGAUACUGUCACGGGCCAAGCCGGCUGUAGGAAGUGACCUCCAGCAGGUGGACAAAUACAAGAAGAAAGGGAGGAAAAUUCCCAAGCUGGAAGACUUGUUAUUACAAAGGGAUUUCACUGGCGCCAUCACCUUACUCGAGUUCAAACGUCACGGGGGAGAGCAAAAUGAGGAUUCUGAUCUGUGGAUUGGAUACUUUGCCUUUCACUUGGGAGACUAUAAACGAGCCUUGGAGGAGUACGAGACCGUGACCAAAGAGGCAAACUGCAAUCCGGACGUUUGGGUCAACCUGGCCUGCACCUAUUUCUUCCUCGGGAUGUACAAGCAGGCCGAAGCAGCCGCGCUGAAAGCUCCAAAAAGCCGACUUCAGACCCGCCUGCUCUUCCACUUGGCUCAUAAGUUCAACGACGAGAAGAAGCUGAUGAGCUUCCAUCAGAAUCUCCAGGACAUCACCGAAGAUCAGCUCAGCUUGGCAUCCAUCCACUACAUGCGUUCCCACUACCAGGAGGCCAUCGACAUCUACAAGCGCAUCCUGCUGGAUAACCGCGAAUACCUGGCCCUCAAUGUGUACGUGGCCCUCUGUUACUACAAGCUGGAUUACUACGACGUGUCUCAGGAGGUCCUGGCUGUCUACCUUCAGCAAAUCCCCGACAGCACCAUCGCACUCAACCUCAAAGCCUGCAACCAUUUCCGACUUUACAACGGCAAGGCCGCCGAGGCCGAGCUCAAGAGCCUGAUGGAAAACGCUUCCUCGUCCUUCGAAUUUGCAAAAGAGCUAAUCAAGCACAAUCUGGUUGUUUUCCGAGGAGGGGAGAGUGCUCUGCAAAUCCUCCCUCCCCUGGUUGAUGUCAUCCCAGAAGCCAGGCUCAAUCUGGUGAUUUACUACCUCAGGCAGGAUGACGUCCAAGAGGCUUAUAACCUGAUUAAGGAUCUCGAACCUACGACUCCACAGGAAUACAUCCUCAAAGGAGUAGUGAAUGCCGCUCUUGGACAGGAAUUGGGCUCGCGGGAUCACCUGAAAAUUGCCCAGCAGUUCUUCCAGCUCGUGGGUGGCUCAGCCAGCGAAUGUGAUACAAUACCCGGGAGACAGUGUAUGGCUUCCUGCUUCUUCCUGCUUAGACAGUUUGACGACGUCUUGAUUUAUCUCAAUUCGGUCAAGAGUUAUUUCUACAAUGAUGACACCUUUAACUUUAAUUAUGCCCAAGCCAAAGCUGCCACUGGCAAUACUGCUGAGGGAGAGGAGGUGUUCCUCUUAAUCCAGAGUGAGAAGAUAAAGAAUGAUUUCAUUUACGUCAGUUGGCUAGCUCGUUGCUACAUCAUGAAUAAGAAACCACGGCUGGCCUGGGAGCUCUACCUGAAGAUGGAAACCUCUGGGGAAUCUUUUAACCUCCUCCAGCUCAUUGCAAAUGACUGCUAUAAGAUGGGCCAGUUCUACUAUUCGGCCAAAGCCUUUGAUGUGUUGGAGAGACUGGAUCCCAACCCGGAGUACUGGGAAGGCAAGAGAGGUGCCUGUGUGGGCAUCUUCCAGAUGAUCUUGGCUGGCAGAGAACCCAAAGAAACCCUGCGCGAAGUGCUGCAUCUGCUGAGGAGCACAGGCAACAGCCAGGUGGAGUACAUCAUCCGCAUCAUGAAGAAAUGGGCGAAGGAAAACAGAGUGCCCAUCUGAGAGGGCUCCGUCGGGGGAGCCGCCGCCCAAGGAGAUGCCAACCUUCUUGACAGACUGUACCCGUCCUGUUUCUCUCAAGUGGCCCAAGCCGGGGCGGGGGCCUUCCUCGCCCACUUUUUCCCUCACGCCCGCCCGGCAGGUGGGCCCACCUCAGCUCUCUUGGAUCCAGCAGAGCGCUACCCUGUGGCUUGGGUCCACUCGUGGUAAAGUGUCUUGUUUUUAGGAGAAGGGCUGAGCUGACUCUUGUCUGAAUCCCCCCUCUGUCUCUUCCUCAUGGCGGCCAAUUCUGACCCCGUAGACCCCCUGAUUCUCCACUGCAGACUGCCCACCAGACCUCAAGUCUAACCACUUGCCCCUAGCCCCACCACUUAGGCGCCCAGUUGCCGGCCCUUGUGCCAAUGACCCGCUUCGUCAAGGACUCUGGGAGUCUGGGCAACCUUCGGCAGAAAUAGGCUAUGACGUUGGCUGUGACAGCUCAUCAACUAUCACUGGUUCUUUCGCUGAUGUACUAAAACAUCGUGGAUAACUCAGUUCUGAAAAAUGGUCUUCAGGGUGAGCGACUUCCUGGUUCCUGCUCGUGACCACAGUCUCGAUUUUUUUUUUUUAAGUGGCGACCAACCCAAGGACGCCUCAGCGCGGUGCCUCGGAAAAUACAUCCACACAGCUGAAAAAUUGGAAGAUUCCGUGGACAAUUUUCCCGUGUAAUUAGACCACACUCGCCUCAGUCCUCUUGUUCACUGAAGGCCAGAGACAAAACAGGCUGCCAGGUCCAAACUCGCUAGCCAGAACGUAAACCUGGGCUCGGCCCCCGCCGUGGCCCCCCGCACCCCGGUGAACGGGUGGGCUCCUGAGUUGCGGCCCCCACCCCGGCAGGUAGGCUCGGGAGAUGUGUCCAAUACUCUGGGUCUAGUGGCACCCACUGCAUUCUGGAGUCUCGGCAAGCCCCUGGCAACCUCAUCUCUGGCUUUCUCACCGUAACAUGCCAGGAUUCGGGCUUCAGAGCCACCCCGUCUUCUGCAGGAAAGGGAAGGAAGAGGAGCGGAGUGAGGAAUUCCCCACAGAUGCAGGGCUUCCGAAUGCCUCCAGGCCGUGACCCAAGAGGGCCAGAGGCAGGGAUUCCCAGAGGCAGGGAUUCCCACUCAGGUCUACCUUUCCGCUGGGCUUGGGGCCACAGAGAAGGGCCAGGGACUGUGAAACACUGACCUCAUCUCCUGAGGCUGUGGUGACGAUACCCCCAGCUGCCAUUCAAGAUGGUAGCUAGAGUCCAAGGGGGGGGGGCAUCAUCUCAAGUUGCCCAGUUGCAGCUCCUCUCCCCGGCACCUGGAUAAGGAAAGCGACUGAAAGUCCGUCUCGGAUGGAUGCCGGAUCCUCCCAUCGGUGACCGUGGCUUUCUAAGUCAUUCAGUCAUUCACUCAAUCAUAUUUAUUGAGCACUUAAUGUGUGUGGAGCACUGUAGUGAGCACUUGGAGUACAGUACAACAAUAAACAGACACAUUCCCCGCCCAGAGUGAGCUUACAGUCUAGAGGAGCAAUGCCUGAGGGGUAUAAUGGGAGGGAAGAGAAAGCCAGGUUGGAGGCCAAAGCACCCUUGAGGAGCAAUUCAAUGGGCCUUUCCUCCCGAAGGAUGUGGAAGACAUUCGGGAACCACCGCUCCAUGGGUGGGAGCCAGAAAUCGGGAGCCGGUUCGGGCUGGGACUCGCAGAGACAGAACCAUUUAACCCUGCUUCGGCCUGCCCCUGCCAGGCUAGGACACGUCUCCGUUGUGAAAUGGCUUGAGGCAGAGUGGUGGAACCGGGAAGAGAGAGAUUCUUGCCCACACUUAAGAAUUGAGAGUAAGUUUGUCACAUCAAAACAUUACUUGUAAAAGGGAACGUCGGGGUUGGGGUUUUUUACUUAUUUUUAUACUUUUGAGAGCUUGUUCCAACCAAAGAGUUACGUUAUACUAUGGUCCACUCUAGCUGUUCCAAUUAAAGUUUAUGAUUUGAUUUA